CUCGGUGGGAUAGUAUUAUGUAGGAUGGUGUAGAAACUCGCUGUAUAUACUACAUAUGUAGGCAGCUGCAUGUCGUGCCUCACUAGCGCUGCUGCGCCGUUGCCCAUGGUGCCGCUGGUUUCCCCCCGUGGCCCUUGCUCUGCGUAAAGUAAACUGCUUCUUAUGCCAGCCGACGCCCCCUGGUCCCCCCCCCUCCUCUGCCUUCCCCCUCAUACCGAGAGAUCCAUUGCGGACACGACGCUUGCAAAAUGUCCGGCCGUUUCGUGCGCUCCUCUAAAUACCGACACGUCUUCGGGCGAUCGACGAGAAAGGAACAAUGCUACGAUAAUCUUCGCGUCUCGAGAAAUGCCUGGGAUACCAAUCUGGUCAAGGUUAACCCUCAGUAUUUGUCUGUCAACUGGGAGGCUGGCGGUGGCGGCGCCUUUGCUGUGAUUCCUCUGGAGGAACGGGGCAAAUUGCCUGAGAGGAUCCCUCUUUUCCGGGGACACACUGCCGUGGUCCUGGACACCGACUGGAACCCUUUCAAUGACUCGCUUAUUGCCUCUGGCUCUGAUGAUGGCAAGGUCUUCCUCUGGCGAGUCCCUGAGGGCUUUACCCUCCACCCCAACUGCGAACCCGAUGAGAUUCAGGACAUUGCGCCUGUUGGUAAACUGAGCGGUCAUCCUCGGAAGGUCGGGCACGUGCUGUUCAACCCCGCGGCCGAGAACAUCCUGGCCACAGCCUCGGGCGAUUUCACCGUGAAGAUCUGGGAUAUCGAGGCCGGUCAGGCCAAGCUGACCCUCAACGUCGGGGAUAUCGUGCAGUCGCAGUCGUGGAGCGCCAACGGCUCGCUGCUGGUCACCACCUCGCGCGACAAGAAGCUGCGGAUAUGGGAUGUGCGUCAGGAACGCCCCGCGCAGGAGACGGCAGGCCACUCCGGUGCAAAGAACAGUCGCGCAGUCUGGCUGGGUGAACGCGACCGGAUCGCUACCACCGGUUUCUCCAAGAUGAGCGACCGCCAGCUGGCCCUGUGGGACUUCCGUGCCCCUCGCGAGCCCAUCAACGGCUUCAAGAUGCUGGAUUCCAUCUCGGGUGUGUGUAUGCCUUUCUGGGAUGACGGAACCCAGUGUCUAUACCUGGCUGGUAGAGGUGACGGCAACAUUCGCUACUUCGAGUUAGAAAACGACAAGUUUGAAUUCCUCUCCGAAUACAAGUCGAGCGAUCCCCAGCGCGGCAUUGCCUUCAUGCCCAAGCGCGGCGUGAACAUGCACGAGAACGAGGUGACCCGCGCGUUCAAGACGGUCAGCGACUCGUACAUCGAGCCUAUCUCAUUCAUUGUCCCGCGCCGCUCGGAAACUUUCCAGGACGACAUCUACCCUCCCACCAUCGGUUUGAAGCCCGCCAUGGGCGCGUCCGAGUGGUUCUCAGGCAAGGAGGCCAUCCCGCCCAAGGUCUCCAUGGCCAGUCUCUACGACGGUCAGGGUCUCAAGGAGGUCACGAGCGUCCAGGAGAAGCCCAACGCGACGGUGAGCGCGUCCGAGCCCGAGCCCUUGCCCGUGCCCGUCAAGAAGACCCCGGAGCCCGUCGCCGUCCCCGAGCCCACCCCCACCAUCGUGGUGCGUCCUGCCCCCUCGAUGAAGGACCAGGGUGCCUCCAUGGCGGCCAUGGUCAACAAGUUUGCCGAUGACGAGGAAGCCGAGCCCGCCGACGACGACGACUCCAGCUUCGAGGAUAUCUCCAAGCCCGUGGAACGUCCGGAGGUCUCCAAGAUUGUGACCCCCGAGCGCUCGCCCAUCGCCACUCCCGGCGCGGCGACCCCCGUGCCCGAACCCAUCUCAUCCUCCAACUCGGUCGUCGCAGAUAGUGUCCAGCAGGAGAUCGAGUCCAUCAAGUCGCUGAUCGCCGAGCAAACCAAGACCAUCGCCACGCAGGCGCAGCAGAUGCAGGCCCUCACCGAGGAGAUCGAGUCUCUCAAGAGCAAGCUUGCUUGA